AGAAUUAGAGACUUUCUGAGGAUGAACCCACCGGCAUUUACGGGUUCUAAGGUUGAUGAAGAUCCCCAGAAUUUCAUUGAUGAAAUGUGGAAGAUUCUAAAAGCUAUGCACGCUACAGAAAUUGAGGGGGUCGAGUUGGUGUCUUAUCAACUCAAAGAUGUGGCAAACAUUUGGUAUAGCCAAUGGGAACAGGGAAGGGGUGAAGAUGCUGAGUCUGCUAGGUGGGAUGAGUUUGAGGGAGCCUUCCUCGACUACUUCUUUCCUCGAGAACUGAGGGAAGCGAAAGUAGAGGAAUUUGUAAACCUAAAACAGGAAGGUAUGUCGGUUAAGGAGUAUGGCCUAAAGUUCAUCCAGCUGUCCAGGUAUGCUCCAGAAAUGAUUCCUGAUGUGAGGUCAAAGAUGAGGAAGUUCGUCUCCGGAUUAGGGAGGCAUGUGAAGAAGGAAUGCAAGGCAGCAUUGUUGAUUUCGGAUAUGGAUCUUUCCAGAUUAAUGGUGUAUGCUCAACAGGUAGAGGAGGAGAAGAGAAAAGACAGAGAAGAGCACCUGAGCAAAAAGGCAAGGUCAUCUGGGCAAGAGAAUGAGCAGAGGCAGGGCAAUGGCAAUAGAUUCCCGAAUGAGGCUUUCAUAGAAUGGAGGGGUAGUCCUAUUCCUGAAGAUCUGCCUGGAGUCCCUCCUGAUAGGGAGAUCGACUUCGGGAUUGAUAUUCUUCCUGAUAUCCAACCUAUCUCAAUUCCCCCAUAUAGAAUGGCUCCGGCCGAGUUGAAGGAGUUGAAGGAGCAGCUGAAGGACUUGUUAGAUAAGGGAUUCAUUAGGCCGAAGGUAAUGGUUUUUACCCAAGGGGAAGAUGGUGUGUUACGCUACCAUGCAAGCAUUCAAAUGGCCCCUUAUGAAGCCUUGUAUGGGAGGAGGUGUAGAUCACUCAUUGGGUGGUUUGAAGUUGGUGAAGCCGAGUUGAUUGGGCCGGACCUCGUCCAUCAAGCCAUGGAGAAGGUACGAGGGGUCAUGAGGUUUGGAAAGAAGGGGAAACUUAGUCCUGGAUAUAUUGGCCCGUACCAAAUUUUGAGGCGGGUCGGGAGUGUCGCUUAUGAGCUGGACCUACUUGGAAUUAAGGAUAGCUUAUCCUAUGAGGAGGUCCCAAUCCAAAUCUUUGAUCGCCAAAUCCGCAAAUUAAGGAACAAGGAGGUCACCUCAGUCAAACAUGAUACUACUAGUACACUAUUCAUUUUGUGUAUUGAUACUAUAUUGCCUCUGUCUUUUGUUGAGUACAGGGCAUAUUCAGCCGGUUGUGGAGAGACAUCGCUUGGGCAUAUUCCAUCGGCUGUGGAGAGACAUAGCCUAAAUGAGUAG